AUGUCCGUCUUCAUCGCCUUUGAUGGACUGUACGAGCACUUUCACAUCUCUCACAGGGAGACCAUUGGCACCAUAAAACACAUGGUCAAGGAGCACUUCUGCAUGCCCCAUUUGGACAACCAGCCGUCCAACUACAUCCUGGACCUACGCUACGCAGGUGCCAUCCUCCAGGACAGCUGGACACUGGCAGACCUGGGCAUCACUUCGGGAUGCACACUACACUGUUUACUUAAGGAGGAGAGCAAGGCCACGGUGUACGUGUACAACUCCAUCACCCGGGAGACGCUCUCCCUGAUGGGGACGGCCAUUCAGCUUACGUCCCCGGUGUCCCGCCUCAGGUCACUGGUGUCACUGCAGUGUGGCCUGCCUGUCAGUGCUUUCAUGCUGGCCACUCAAAGGGGCACAAGGCUGUAUGACUGCAACAAGGUGGAUGCUUAUGUCACAGAAGUGGGGUCUACUCUACGUCUAGAGACUUGGGAUGGCUGGGGGGAGUUCCUGCGAGCCUGCUUUCGUGGACACAAAGAGAGAGUGCAGCAGCACCUCUCAGAGGACAGGCUGGUUUACAGGUUCCAACAGCGGGUGGCGCUGUACGUCGCUGCCUAUAGGGGCCAUCUGGAGCUGGCCAGCUGGCUGGUGGAGCGAGGGGAGCAGGCGGAGGAAGCGGUCGGGGUCCACCCCCACAGAGAGUGGUGUCAUGAGACCGACCAUCCGGAAACCGCCAAGAGCCCCAUGCACGUCGCCACGGAGACAGGCCAGCUCCACAUCCUCAAGUUCUUCAUCAGGAGCAGCGUGCUGUGCCUCAGCUGCCUAGACCCUCUGGGUCAAGACCCGGUGCAGCUCGCCCUACAACACCGACAUCGGGAGUGUGUGGUGUAUCUGGUCACCAAGCUCUUUUCACUAGUGUCUUUUCCCCAUUUUGUUUUGCCCAUGAAGAUUUAUGUUCGGAUCGUAGCUUGGGCGCGAAAGGCACAUAGACAAAUGGGUACUGGUGACAGCGCAGGCCAUAGAGGUCAGUACAGAACUAGGGUGGGAGACACGAUUCUGGUGGACGGUUUCACCCUCCCCAGCAUGCCCUCUAAGGUCAGCCAGAGCCACCACCACCCCACGCCGACAUGGCCCUCGACAUCCUGCAUGCUUCCAGUUCUCACGACAGACACCAGUCCUUCCUAUCCACCAUGUCCACCACAUCCUCCUCCCACCAGUUCCACCUCCCAGAAUGCAAUGCUGUGGCUGCCACAGCUGCAUCCUCUGUCCGCCACCACCACCGACAACAGGGAAGAGAAGAAGAAGAAGCGCAGGAAGAUGGGAGCCACCAGAGGGGAGCUGGAGGAAAUCCCGGCUGCCACAAAUAGCCAUCAGAGUGGGAACGCGUGGAGGAGCAGGGUCCCCCUGCCCCCCGUGUCCAGAGACUGCAACCCUCGCCCCCUCUUCGUCUACACCUCCCCUUUAGCCUCCUCGGCACAUCUCCUCUCCGGCCCACUGGAGUCUUUCACUCAACACUGUGGGCGCUCUCCAAGAGAAAAUGCUAUUUAUUGCUUAGCUCUUGCCAGUGCCUUUACAGAGAAGCGCUGGUUUCAGCAGUGGAGAGUGGCUCGCAACCUUGCCCGGAGAAGCGUCCAAAAAGUUUGACAUAGUGUGACAUAACCAGAUGAGGUACUGAUGACAACUUUGGCCAGGCACGGAACAAAUUCAUUUGAAAGCUGUACCAUCUACUACACAAUAUAUCGAGGACACGAUUCUGGGCCCUCACUCUCCUAGGGGCCCUGGAAAACUGACCUCUCUGUCCUCCCCAGUCAGCUUUGAUGGAUGUAUCGAGGGCUGCAAUUCUACCGAUGACACAGCAGACCCUAAUAAUGACAUUUCAAAUACACUAGAAGGAAGCUGAGUGCACUCAGUGCCUCUGUGUCACGUCAUCACACAAAUUGUAGCCUACUUGUGACUUGCAUUGCUCAAUGUGUUCAAUUUGAAAGCGGUUCAUGUUUCAUUACCA